AUGGAAGCUAAUCUUGACAUCUUCAGGAGACAUUCAUCUUCCUGGCAAUUAAACACUCCUUUCAGAGAGAAAGCUGAUUUUCUUCAAACAGGGGUCUUAAAGAUGCUAGCAAAAUUACAAAACGCAGAAAGGCUUUCUUUUGGGGGUUCCCUUCUUCAGAUUCUGUCUCUCGCUGAGCUCCGUGGUGUUUCUUUCCCUACGUUCAAGGUCCAAACAUUGACGCUUAAAACCAGGUUUGCAAAAUCUUCUGUUCCUGGUAUAACAAGGUUACUACAUAACUCACCUGGAUUAAAGAAGCUAAUAGCAGUACCAACACACAUUGAUGACAUUGACAUAGAGGAUUGGUAUCUGGACAACUAUUUGGAGUCACAAGGCUUGAAUCCAGAUCAAUGUUGGAGAUCAAAAUAUGAUGUGUUUCCUACCUCAGAUGAGUCUGAUGAUAUGAUUGUACGUAAUGAGGAAUCAUCGUGGGAACUCGUGGUGUCGUUCGUUGAAAUGAUGCUGAGAAAUGUAACGACACUAGAGAUGUUGGUGGUAGGGUUGAAACAUAUUGACCGGAGUUUUAAUGAUUCAAACUUGUUAGAAGAUUUGCUUCAGAUGCUUCCUAACAACAAUUAUGUCUCCAUCGUGCUCAAACGCUAA